UUCCCACAGCUGCGAUAAGAAUUUCCCCAUAUGAAUUUUCCAGAUAUUUCAUUUUUAAUAUUUUAAAUUUGGACUCUUAUGAAAUUUAAGACAAGGUUGAUUUAUUUUUUUUCACACGAAGAGUUGAGAUAGCGCGCACGGAAGGGGAAAAUAUAGUAAUUUGCAAUUCUGGAGUUUUUUGGAAAGAGUGUAUAAGUUGUUGAUUGAUGGCGUGAAGAAUCAUCCGGUUUUGGGGAGCUGGUGAGUGCGGUUCAAUCGAGUAUGUGUACGGGUUCGGACUCGGGUUUGGACCCCAAGUCGGAGGAGAAUCCGAAUGGGUGGGAUCGAGCCCGGGGGGUGGUGCUGAAGACGCUGGUUUUGAUCGGAGGGGCACUGCUUGUAAGGCGUCUCACCAAGUCCACCACCCGUUGGGACCAUGCUGGGAUUGUGGCUCAGUCUCUCAGUGGGGAAAAGUUUUCCAAACAGCAAGCUGCUAGAGACCCAGAUAGUUACUUCAAUUUGAGAUGGCUUUCAUGCCCAGCUGCUGACAUGGUAGAUGGCUCGAAGGUCUUAUAUUUUGAGCAGGCAUUCUGGAGGACACCUCAUAAGCCUUUUCGGCAGAGAUUUUGCAUUGUCAAGCCUUGUCCAAAGGAGAUGAGAUGUGAUGUUGAGGUCAGCACCUAUGCUAUCAGAGAUGCAGAGGAGUAUAAGAACUUCUGUGAUCGGCCUAAGGACCAGCGUCCACAACCUGAAGAAGUUAUUGGGGAUAUUGCUGAACAUUUGACUACCAUUCCUCUGAAACGCUGUGAGCGUGGGAAGCGAUGCUUAUAUGAAGGAUCUACACCUGCAGAUGGAUUUCCUAAUACAUGGAACGGUGCAUCAUAUUGUACGUCAGAACUUGCAGUGCUGAAGAAUAAUGAGAUACAUUCCUGGGAUAGAGGCUUUGAUGAGAGUGGAAAUCAGGUCUGGGGUGUAAAGGGAGGCCCAUAUGAGUUCAAACCUGCACCAGCUUCUAGUUUUGAUGACCUUUCUGCUUUGAUGUUGUCUUCCCCAUCCAUAGAGAAAAGAAUAGAGGGUUCAUUUGUUAUUCAAGAUUGAUACUUUGUUCUGUAGUAUUGUAAUGUAAAUUUCAAACCACCAUCUCGAGUCUAUCAAUACAUAUUUUUCAUUGAUUUACGCAUCGAAAA